AUGGAAGAAGUGGCCAUAGAUCAUUAUGUGCUGUACUUUCAGUCGUUGGCUCAGGACGAGGGAAGCCCGGUCAGGGGCUUCGGCGUGGUGGAGUAUGAGAGCGCGGAGCAGGCCGAGGCGGUCCUCACGGAGAUGGACAGGACCUCAGUGUCGGGGCAUGUGAUCCGACUGUCCCUCUGCUCCCCUGGGACGUCAGGCAGAAGCACACUGGCUGCUCUCAUCGCUGCUCAGGGAAUGAUACUGAGCAACAGAAAGGGACUGCUUCCAGAGCCAAACAUAGCCCAGCUGCUGACCAGUAUGACCAACCCUGCGGCCCUGCAGAUCCUCAUGAGGCCGUACCACACUGGGAAAAGAGGAGGUAAAGGAAAGUUUGGACAUCACAGCGGCCUGCCUUUCCUCAGACCACCCCUCACCACUGCACUGCUCACACUGGGGAAAGCCCACCAGAAUGCCAUGAUCGGGAACGGGCUGGUCCUUCAGAACCUCCUGCACAUGCAGCUGGCCCAGCAGCAGCUCCUCCACAUCAAAGACAAGCGCCUGAGCUCUGUCUCCAGUCUUCUGGGGGACCCCUCCAAGCUUCUAAUACAGAAAGCCCUGUCUCUGCGGCCUCCGGGGCUGCUGCCUCUGGGGAAAGGCCUCCUGGGAGACUCCCCCUUAGAGCUGGGCCAAGAGGCUGUCCCUGUGUCGUGCCACAACAGCCCAGCUGGAACCAUGCCUUACCCCCACACCAGAGCCUCCACAGGGGAGCAGCACAGCGGCCACCCCCUCUCCAUGAUCCCCACUGUGCCCACCUCCUCCUCAUCAUCAGGCUGCACCGAGCGACAGCUAGCGCCCCCAGGGACCAUGGUCAACAAUGGUCAGAGUUCAUUAUUAGGAGAUCCACCCAAAGAAGUCCGACUUCCCUCCAAUCCUUACCUGAACCUGGCCAGUGUGAUGCCAAGUGUUGUGUUACAAGGGUCCUCGGGGGCUAAAGCGCAGGUCGGACAGGCUGCUACGUUGUACUCCGGACCCCCUAUCGCCUCCCAGACCUCCAGCUCCUUCUCCCACAGUGUACCCACCACCAGCGCCCCCUACAGCACGGACACCGCUGUAGACUACAGCCAGUACAACCAGGCAUACACACAGGAGGCCAUGCAUCAGUGGUACCAGCACUAUCAGGCUGCAGCUCAGACCCACACCUACACCACGGCCCCUCCAGACGCUGCGGCUGUGGACCACACUCAGGCUCCACCGGUGACCACCUAUGCCGACUAUAACUCCUACUUGCAGGCAGUGACUCAGUAUUACUCCCAACCUGCCACGGCCACCCAGGCCUACGCCACCAAGGAGGUGGACGUGUGCAAACCAAUGGGCGUGUCACUCCAUGCGGUGAGUAACGGCACUGGCCCUCCCCCGGCGGUCCUGCCUGCCGCCGCGGUGCUCCCGGCCUACAGCGCACUGCCCCUGGUGCCCAGCUUCCUGGGACCCCCCCACCACCACGCCGCCCCGCCCGCCCAGGUGGCUCACACUGCUGCCCCAGACUGGAGCUCCUACUACUAUAACCAGACCCGGGGGCACAAGCGGGAGUACCCCCAGCUGGCCGUGCAAGAGGUGGCCCCUUCAGACGGAGCGUACAUCGGGCAACACUCCCAGGGCCUCGGUGGGCAGUACGCCGACUACUUCAAGAGGAAGAGGCUCUAA